AACAUUUUAACAUAGUUUAAUAAAUCUAUAAUUUUUUGAUGGAAGAAAUAACCACAGAAGAACAGAAGAAAUAUUGGGAAAUUUUUAUUUCUUUAAACCCAAUAAAUGGAUAUUUAAGUGGAGAUCAGGCAGCAAAAGUUUUAAAAAAUUCUAACUUACCAAAUGAGAAGCUUGAAAAGAUAUGGAAUUUGGCGGAUAUUGAUAAAGAUGGAAAUCUUGAUUUUGAAGAAUUUUGUAUUUCAAUGAGGUUAAUUUUUGAUGUUAUUAACAAAGUUUAUUUGGAGGUUCCAUCACGACUUCCUGAUUUUUUAAUUCCAACGUCUAAGGCUCAUCUUAUUGUUGCUCAAGAAGCAAUUUAUGAAAAUGAACAAAAUACUCAUUUAAUGCAGAAGACAAGCAAAACAAGAAUAUUGAGUGACAACUUUGACUGGUAUAUACAGCCAUCUGAUAAGCAAAAUUAUGAUGCAAUUUAUUCAUCCAACGCAGAUUUAUAUGGAAAUAUUUCAUUUAAUACUCUUAGAGAUUUUUAUGCAAUUUUAGAUAUAUCAGAAGAGGAACUUCUAAACGCAUGGAAACUUGUAAAUCCUAGGAUGAAAGAAACGAUUGAAAAAGAUCAAGCAUUUUACUUUCUUCAUAUUUUGAACCAAAGAAACAAAGGCAUUCGAGUGCCAAAUGUUGUUCCAGCUAAUUUAAGAGCAACUUUUGAAAAGAAUCCAGUAGACUAUAAUAUAAAUGAAGCGUCUUAUAAAAAUGAUCAUAAAAAUGCAAAUUUUCCUCAGUCUUCAAAACAUAAAAGUCCUAUGAAAAAAUAUGAUAGUUCUAAAGAGAUGUAUGCUACACAUGUCGAAGACAGUAACUGGAACGAUAUAAGACAAAAGAGACAAGAAAUACAUUAUCAAGGAAAAAAACAUAGGUCAGAUGUAUCAGAUGAACAUGUACCACAUAGUAUUAUCCUUGCCGAGUUGGAACAGAUGCUUGAAUUUAAAAAAAGUGAACUAAAGCGAUUAAAAGAAGGAGACGUUAAAUCUAUCACAGGAAUGAAUGAUCUAGAAAGUAUUCAAUCCGACGUUCUAGAAAUGAAGCAACAAAUCGAUAACCUUGGUUUAUAUUUGAUCAAGAAAACAGACGAACUUCAAAAAUUGCGUAGUGAUAUUAGACAAGAAACGUGAAAUUCUUUGUCGUAUUGAUACUUUUAAAAUGUUGUGUUUUUUU